GCCUCUAAGAAGAGUAUUGACCAUGAGGAAGCCCACAUGUUAGUCAGUUUUUACUAAUCCCACCGAAGAAAAUGAAGCCACGUUUCAGCUUUGCCGUUCCAUUCUGUUCCACUGUUGGCUGAAUGAGAAAUGGUCAUGUGAUUAUGCUGACACCCCAGCAUGCAUUUGGUAGACCUGUGGUUAACUCGUUCCCUCUCCAUGUGUCUGCUCUUACAAAGUUUUGUCCUCAUGAUACUGUGCUUUCAUUCUGCCAGUAUGUGCCCGAAAGGCUGUCUCUGUUCUCACUCCGGAGGUCUGAACGUCAGCUGUAGCAAUGCAAACCUCAAGGAAAUACCCAGAGAUCUUCCUCCAGAAACAGUCUUACUUUAUUUGGACUCCAAUCAGAUAACAUCUAUCCCCAAUGAAAUUUUUAAGGACCUGCACCAACUGAGAGUCCUCAAUUUAUCAAAAAACGGGAUUGAGUUUAUAGAUGAACAUGCCUUUAAAGGGGUGGCAGAAACCUUGCAGACUCUGGAUUUGUCUGACAACCGGAUCCAAAGCGUGCACAAAAACGCUUUCAACAACCUGAAGGCCAGAGCCAGAAUUGCAAACAAUCCCUGGCACUGUGACUGCACACUGCAGCAGGUGUUGAGGAGCAUGGCCUCCAACCACGAGACGGCCAACAACGUCAUCUGCAAGACUUCUGUGCUGGAUGAGCACGCGGGGACACCAUUUCUUAACACUGCCAACGAUGCUGACCUCUGCAACCUGCCUAAAAAGACUACCGAUUAUGCCAUGCUGGUCACCAUGUUUGGCUGGUUCACCAUGGUGAUCUCGUAUGUGGUUUAUUACGUCCGGCAAAAUCAGGAGGAUGCAAGGAGGCACCUUGAGUACUUGAAAUCCCUGCCAAGCAGGCAAAAGAAACCCGACGAAGCUGAUGACAUUAGCACUGUGGUAUAGUAUUCUGAAUACAAUGACUGCCUUUGUGGUGGAAACUAGGUUUGGAUGACACUAAAACCAGAGGUUUACUUCUAACAUUCAUUGUAAACAUUAAGACUUUUGGGGUUUUUUUUCCUGUUUAACUGAAUUACGCCACUGUUGAGCUUUCUAGCAGAAAGUUUUGUCUGGGUGGUAUACUUUAAUUAUUUCUCUGGUGGUAUCCUAAAGCAAGUGAAUUAAUAUGUAAACAUUAGUUUAGACCCAUUCCACUAUUUAAUAAUGAAAUUUAUUUUUUUAGUUUAAAAACCAAAUAAAAGCUUAAAUUUGAACCAUGUAAAA